CCGGAGUGUGGCGAGCUGGGUGCCGGGCCGCUUGGCUCCGGCCUGCUGAUAGGCCUCGCCGCAGGGACCGUCCGUGUUCCCGAGCUGCCGCCGCAAUAUUUUUUGAUGUAAAGGAUGGACUUCUCAGUGAUUGCUAUUGAAGAUGUACAAAAUGUGCUUUUGGCUAUGCGGAAGAAUUUGGAGUGCCCAAUAUGCUUGGAUGUGGUACAAGAACCAGUUUCGACAAAAUGUGAUCACAUAUUCUGCAGGUUCUGCAUGUUCAAACUCCUCAGCAAAAAGAAAAAAGGUGUGGUAGAGUGUCCUCUCUGUAAGACUGAAGUUACCAAGAGAAGUCUGAAAGAAAAUUCCAGAUUUAAGCAACUAAUUGAAGGAUUGUUGGAAACUAUCCACGCAUUUGAGCUUGACACUGGAGUAAAGUUUUUAAACAGUCAUCACUUUUCAAAAACAUCCACAGAAGCCACUGCUGCUGAGUUCCUGUGUAAAGAAAGUUCUGUCAUCCAAAGUAAGGGCUUCAGAAACAGGAAAAAAAGUGCUAAAGAAAAUGGACAAGAAAACUGCACCUUGCAGGAAGCUAAUGUGGAUACACAGCUUACCAGGGUCAAAAAGCGUCCCCGAAGAAACAAAACCCAGAAAUGUGACUCUGAAAAAGGAAUUUAUAUAGAGUUUGGUUCCGAUUCAUCUGAAGAGCUUUUUAAACAGGCAAGCAAUACUGGGUUAGAAGACAAAGAACCGCUUCUGAUUUCAUCUCAAGAAAAGCUAGAAGAACUUAAGACUGCUGAGAAGUGGAAUGAAUAUUCUUGCAAUACACAGCCUGGCAAGCUGGCUGCUAAGGAAAUAAUUCCACCAAAUGUCAUAGGUGAGAGUGAUUUCUCAAAAGAAGGCUUGGGCAAGAAAAGCACACGGAGCAUCACUGAAUGUGCCAAACCUGGCCAAGUCAAUAUGACUGAAUACCAGAGUUCUCCUUCAAAUGUUCUUGCUGUAGACCUACUCACAGAGCAGUGUGACAGAAUAGGUAAUGCCAGUCCCUUAAGGAAUGGGGACACUUCUUUCUUUAAUGACACAGAAGAAAUGGAUGCAGAGCAAACUCAAUGCAAUAGUAAAAGCAAAGAGUUUGACUUAAAAGAUAGCUCUGAGAGCAGGCUGGAUAAAAGCAAGGAAAUAGAUAUUGUUGUACAAAGUGUGGAAGCUGUGGAAAUGUAUGAACCUGAGGAUGAUUCUUUCCAUGAAAAAGAAUCUCCUCCGGAGAAACUGCUUCAGCCAGAGACACCUCACUGUGCUACCCUGAACCAAGUCUCUAGGAAGAGACUGAAGCGAAGCAUUCAGAAGGUCAAUGAAUGGUUUUCAAAAAGCAACGAGAUUCUGUCUUCCAAUUCUUCCCAGGAUGAUUCUGCUGAGGCAACUGACAUUUCAGGUGAAGGAGAUACAUGUUUAUCAGAUAAAGAUUCCUCUAUUUCAGAAAAGACUGACCCUAUGGUAGAGUCCAUGGAAAUUGCAGUGGUUGAAGAAAACAAGAGAUGGUCAAAACCAACAGCAGAUAGCAUCAAAGACAAAAUAUUUGGGAAAACAUACAAGAGAGAGAGGAAGUCAAAUGCCCCUAUUAUCCUGAGAGAUGUUUUACCUACUACAAAAAAGGAAGAUGUGACUGCUGAUAAGUGCUUGAAUAAUUCCAGCAAAGAUGGACUAAAAAGAAAAAGGAAGACUGCCCAUAUCCUGCGACCUGAGGAUUUCAUCAAGAAAAAAGAUAUAGAAGAGGCAGAUGGGUGCCCUCAAAGUGUUAACAGCCUUGGAGAUGCUGAAAAGAAAAGAUGUGGUGAAAGUUCUGCUGUUAAUGAGAGUCACCUUUCUGAGAAUAGAGAGGAUAAUACACCAGCAGAACUUGAGGGAGGAGGAGGAUCCAUACGGAAAAAAGCUACUGAAAAGGUGACUGGCAAGCACUGUGAUGAGGAGCUAGCACUGAAUAAUUGUGAUCAGAAAAGCACUAAAAGAAGAGGUUCUGCAGCAAAAAGAUGCAGGUGUUCUACUAGAACCAUGUGUGCUCUGCAGUUAGUAGUGGAUAGAAACUCUGUUUCCCCUGAUCCAGCUGAGCCACAGAUUGAUAGCUAUCCAAGCAGUGAAGAACCAAGGAAAGUUGAUUCUGAGCAAAGACAAGUCAGGCGCAGCAGGAGGCUUCAGUUACUUUCUGAAGAAAUGACAAAAGAAACAGGAAAAGGAGUAGUAACUAAGGGGGCAAAAAAGUAUGACAGUGACCAUGGAGUCCAAAGGAAUGUGUUAGUUCAUGCUUCUGAAUGCAAAGACCUGUGUGAGCCCCAGAGUACGCAGAGUUACAAGCCACUAACUAAUCUGAAGGGUGGUGGUCUGGAAGCAAAUGAAACACAGAUUAAUCUCAAGAAUUCAUCUGACACUGCAGAAACUGGGAAAAGUCUCUUCGAUCCUACAUUUUCAUGUCGGCAUUCAAACGGUAGUUCUUUUGCACCUGAUGCAGGUUCUCAAGAAGGUGACGUACAAGGUAACCCUUUCGUCCUACAGUCUGGUUCAGUGACUGUUGUGCAAAGCGCUUGCUGCCCGACUGAAGAGAUGACUGAAUCAUGUACUACUUUUCCCCAGGACAGUGGACAUAAUGCACAAAAUGUUCCAGGGGACUUGAAAACUGAAAAGUUACCAGUGGCUAAAAAUGUUUCAGAAUUGACCAAGGAAGCUGAAGAUAGUGAGUUAGACACACAGUAUCUGCGAAAUAUAUUUAGACAUUCCAAACGCCUGUCAUUUAGCCUUUAUCCUACUCCUGUGAAAGCAUGUGCAGCAGAAGAUGCUGCUUCUGAAACUUUAAAGGUGUCACAUGCUGAUCAGGUAGAAAAUAAGCAUAGCAAAUAUUUAAAACCAGAAAACUUGCAAGAAGACAAAACUACUGCUGAAAGCUUGAGUAGAGUUUGUGAGAAAGAUAAGCUUAAGACUUAUGAAUCUGCUUGUGUAAGUCCUGUGACUUGCUUUGUUGACAACACUGAAUGUACGCAUGCAGGGGAACGUCAAGAAGAUGUUUCAGCAGUUGCAAAUCAAGGGACUCUGACACCAUUAAGAAUGGGUUCUGCUAGGACCAAAGACAAAAACAGAUUGCAAAAUGGAGAGCAGGGAAGUGAAAAGACAGUGUCAACUGACAUAGGCAUAGAAAGUGAGUUGAGACAGAAUCUAAUCAAAAGUAAUAGAAGCCAAAGUGAUCACAGUAAUACAGAAGAGCACAUUUUCCUAAGAACUGAUUUAAAUGCAGUUAAUGAAAUAUGCUUCAGUUCAGAAAACAAUCAAGCAGGACAGGCCAAAGUUGUUGAUGACAAACUGCAUUUGCAGUCCAGAUCAAUGAGAAAAAGAGAAAGAAAACAAGUAAAGGGGAAUGAAGAGCAAGCAACCCAAACUGCUAGCAUGGGGAUGCCUGAGUGUUUAGUUACAGAAGCUCUGAAAGAACCUCUUAAAGGGAAUAGUGAUUUUACAGGUUUUUCUGAAACCCCGGAUGGCUUACUGUGCUCUGAUGAUGAUAUUGAAGAGAACACCAGCUUUUCUGAAACUGAUAAGAGGGAGAGAUCUGCUGUGUUUGUGAAAAGAGGUGACAAUGCCUUGGUAAAAGAACUAAACAAUAGAAAUGUUAGCUCUAAGCCAAGAUCUCAAGGUAUUCAAAGAUGUCGAAGAAGAGUGCGGAAACUGCAAUCUUCAGAUGAAGAAUCUAGUGAGGAUGAAGAUUUACCAUGCUUUCAGACAUUAUUAUUUGGCAAAUCAGUAAGCACACCUUUGCAGAUCAAUAAACAAGUGACAUCUGUGGUAGAGUCUUCAGUAAGUCCCAUCACAUUGCCUCACAAUGGAAGUCAUGAUGACAAUAAUAUGCAGAAAAUGCCUGAAACUUCCCUAAAUAAUGGGUGUGUUUCACCAAGCCAGGAGUCAGAGUGCUCUGUCAACUUAUUUUCUUCCCAGUCCAACAUGUCUGAUGAAUCAGUUGAUGGAGCACAAGAGCCGAAGAAACCUUUAGUACAAGUUCAUGCAUCCAAACAAGUGCACAAUGUGAAUGAGAGGAAAGAAACUUUUCAAAGUUGUAACGGAGGGCUGAAGAGAAGCAAAACGAACUUCAAAGAUGAAUGCCAAGAAGACCCAAACAGGGGAACAAACCUAGGUGAAGCAUCUGGAUAUGACAGUGAAACAAGUAUUGUAGAAGAUUCAUGUGGACCAUUCUCUCAGGAUGAAAUCCUUACCACACAGCAGAAGAAUGCUAUGCAAAGUAACCUAAAAAAGCUUCAGCAAGAAAUGGCUGUACUUGAAGCAGUUCUAAAGCAGCAUGGAAGCCAGGACUGUGAAUUUUUACCUGUCCAUAGGAAACUGCCACAUUCCAGUAGUGAAGGAACAUUUGGAAUGGAACAAAUGAGACAAAGAGGGGCAGAGUCAACCUCAGAAGGAAAUUUUGAAAAUCAUAAAUGUAGCAGUUCAAAUGGAUUUUCAGCCAACGAAUUCCAUGUUAUGCCAAGUGAUUCUCUCAACAGUAAAAUCAAAGAAUUAGAAAAAGAAAGGUCUCCUGAAUUGUUGCUUCCAUCUUCUAAAUCCUCUUUGUUAAAGAGACCAGAUUUGGAGAAAGGCCGUCAGUGUGACAGUGUUCUGAAGAGCAAAGCUCCUUCUGAAAAGACAAGACCUGUGCAGGAAGCAGUGCAAGAAUAUAGUCAGUGUCAGCUUGAAGGAGAAAAUGCAGAUGAGCAGAAAUCUGGAACCAGGCUAAACAGUGCAUCUGUCUUAUCAAAUCUCUCUGGAAACGUGACCAGGAGUACAAAUAACUCUUCUUCCUCUGUAAGGCUUUUUAACCCUCGAACUGCAGAAGCAGCAAAUAGUUCUGUUGUGGCUCAGAAUGCUAAUAAAAGAUGUACUCAAGAACGUAAAUCGAAGGGAAGCGCGUGUUUUCCUAUAUCUGUUCUGCACAAUGCAGCUGGGAAAGAAAAUGCUACAAGUUCAGCUGUGAUUAACAGGAAAGAAAUGUCAAUUGUGGCAUCAGGUCUGAAUCAAAGUGAACAUUUGAUGGUCCAGAAGUUUGCAAGAAAAACUCAGAGCACUUUAUCUAAUCAUAUUACUAAAGGAACAACCCAUGUCAUAAUGAAAACAGAUGAGGAGCUGGUGUGUGAACGGACACUGAAGUACUUUCUGGGUAUUGCAGGAAGAAAAUGGGUAGUUAGUUAUCAGUGGGUAGUUCAGUCCUUUAAAGAAGGAAGAAUACUGGAUGAGGAGAAAUUUGAAGUUAGAGGAGAUGUAAUCAAUGGGAGAAACCACCAAGGUCCGAAGAAGGCUAGACAGUCUCUGACUGAAAAGAUCUUUAAAGACCUUGAGAUCUGUUGCUAUGGACCUUUCACUGAUAUGACUACAGAACAUCUGGAAUGGAUGGUGGAGCUUUGUGGUGCCUCUGUAGUGAAGCAACUUCAUCUGUUCACACACACAACAAAUUCUACUGCUGUCGUGGUUGUGCAGCCAGAUGCUUGGAUGGAAAACACGGAUUAUAGAGCAAUCCAGCAAAAGAACAAUGUUGCCAUGGUGACUCGAGAGUGGGUAUUAGACAGUGUUGCUUGCUAUGAGUGCCAGGAGUUUGAUGCUUACCUCGUGUCCUAAGGGUGAUCUGUGGUUCUUUUUCCAUUGCUCAGAAAUUCUCAUCAAUGCUGAUUGUUUGGUAAUUAUUUUAAGGACUGAGAAUUUAAGUCACUUGUUGAGAGAUUAUGUGUGUGCGGUGUUCUUGUUCAGAGUAAAAUAACUACAUUUUUAUUAAUAAGAAAGUUACUUAAACAACAUUACCACAUAGAGAUGGAAUUGCCCACUGUUCUUUAAAGAUUAACACUUCUAAUUUCAAAAUGGUCCUUUAAAUUAGAGUAAAACAAAUUUUAAAAGUUAAAAAACAUAGAACACUGCCUCCUCAGAGAAAUGGCGAUGUAUUAUUUACCAUUGCAGCCAGUUCCUGUUUAUAUACUUGAGGACAUUUUGGAGACAGUCAUUUAAGAGUAAUAUUUGCCUCAGGGCUUGAAUUAAAAUGUACUUGCACUCCUGAGUAACCUCCAUAUUUUCAUUUUGCAAAAAUACAUAACCUGAAUAAGGGUGUAUACCAAUACAAUGAAAUACUAUUUUCUGAUUACUAAUACAUCAGCCUGGUUAAUCUUAGGCCAUGGAUUAUAGUUGUGUUGAAAGCUAUACAAACAGCUCUCCUGUUGUAUAUACAAGUGCCAACUUGCCCUAACCAGGAAAAUCACCCAUGAGUAGAGCCCCUGGAAAGCCAACACUGGAUUCUCAGCAUAAACCAAUCCUUAAAACCACAAGCCUAUACUAGUGUUGGGUCAGUCUUAUUUCUGAGAAGUGUAUGUGGCACUUAUGCAGAGAUAACAAACAGAUGCACUUUAGUAUCCCAGCGACCUGUAUUAAGCCCUAUAAGAAUCUGCUUCUCUUAGUCCCUGCCUGCAAGAUGAGACUGCAAAGAAAAUAAAUUGCUUUUAUAUGGAAGAAAAUAUGUUGCUUGUUUCUGUUGCUGAGCAAUUGAACUUCGUAAAUACUUCUGUACUUUCAGAGCAGAAAGAGAACCUGUUUUCAUAAAAUUGUUUAAAAAAAAAAUUGUCACUAAGUUCAAAGAAUUGUUCAGUGCUCUGAUGCUGCUAGGUUGUCUUGGAAAGUUAUAGAAAGUAUGUUUAUAAAUAUUGGAAUG